ACUCAUCUCCAAAUAGAAUUAGACAAGGAACCACGGGUUGCGGACUGUCCAUUCGGAAUCGAUCGGUGAUGGCUACCGCCGGUAAACCCGCAUCGUCGUCAGCACCCAAGCCUUUCGAUUUCUCCGACGAUUCAGUUCCUAAGAGAGUCGUUCUGUCGAUUGAUCAGCAGCGUUGUUGCUUGGAAGCACUCGAAGUCUUCAAGGACAAGAGGUUUUCUGCUCCCGAAAAAAUCCGCCAAGAGUUCAUGACUUUGCAGGCAACUAGGAUGAGAGCUUCAGAAAUGAAGAGUAGAUGCUCAAUGGCUUUGAACAGCGCAAACAUUAGCAAAAAUCGAUACACUGAUGUUCUGCCAUUUGACAAUAACAGGGUUGUUUUGGACCCACCAGCUAGAGGAUAUAUAAAUGCAAGCUUCAUUAAGAUAUCCGAAGAUGUGUCUCAGUUUAUUGCAACACAAGGUCCGCUACAGCACACUUUUGAAGACUUCUGGGAAAUGAUAAUCCAGCAUCGCUGUCCUGUUGUUGUGAUGCUUACACAAUUGUUUGACAACUACAAGAUUGUCAAGUGUGGGGAUUAUUUUCAGGCAGAUGGUGGUCCCAGAAGAUUUGGCAAUAUAUGUAUUGUUACGAAGUGGAUAAAGACGACUCAGACUUCAUUGAUUUUGCGAUGUCUGGAGGUGAACUAUAUUGAGUCAAAAGAACCACCUUUGUGUGUUUUACACAUUCAAUAUCCCGACUGGCCUGACCAUGGAGUUCCAAAGGACACUCUUGCUGUUCGUGAAAUACUGAAACAAACAUUUAGUGUCCCACCCAGUCUUGGACCAAUUGUGGUGCACUGCAGUGCAGGUAUUGGUAGGACUGGAACAUACUGUGCAAUCCAUAAUACCAUCCAAAGAAUAUUGGUUGGAGAUAAGUCUGCUCUAGAUCUCGUUAACACAAUAACCAUUUUUAGGUCUCAGCGAAUUGGGAUGGUUCAGACCAUGGAGCAAUACCUCUUUUGCUAUGAUGCCAUUAUCGAUGAACUUGAAGACCUCAUUUCAGAUAGCCAAUAAAGAAGAGAGUUCAUAAUGCAAGGUCCAUGCAACUGGUUCUUCCUUGCUGCAAUCAUGCCUAUACUUGCUUACAAAUGAGAAGAAAUGGAACAAUAAUUAGUGCUGAAGAAGCAAAUCAGUUGGGUCCACUUGAGUUUCUUACUGCUCUUACCAUGUAGGAAUAAGCAUUAACGUGCAAAAUAUCGUAUGUUGUAUUUCUGUUUGGAAGUAUUUAUGCUUUUAGAGAGGGAAAGAGAAUGGAAUGAAACUUAUUUAACAUUCUCUUGAUGAUAUAUAGCCUACUUAUUGUUGCUUCAAUCUAUGACAAGUUGAUGAUGUUCAAGGUACCAGAAUUUAGUAGCUUUU